CAACACCAAUGCAAUGCCCUUUGUUUUGUUUGUGUCAUAUCAGUGGCCAGCAGACGAGGAAGUGGCAGUAUAACCAACGUCCCCAUGAUACGAUAAAACAAAUCACGUUCGAGGUGCGUACUUCUUCUGACUGGCACUUAUUCAUCCACGUCCUCGUCGGCCGAAACUUUGCGGACACACCGAUGAGAGAUGCCUCCACGAUCGGCACAUGAAGAGUAUCCAACAUGGGUUGGAUUUGUGUUCGUCUUCAACCUGAUUGUUGGCACAGGAGCACUUGCACUACCGUCCGCUUUUAGCCACGCGGGAUGGAUCCUCGGUUCGUUGGCCAUCGUUGUGUUGGCGUUCAUGAGCUACGUUACGGUAACGUUCGUUAUCGAAACAAUGGCCUGUGCGAAUGCUGUUCACAACUGGAAGCGUUUGCAGUUCCUCAAACGCGAUCGUGUGAUUGAGUACGAUGAGGACAGCAAUGUGGAAACGCUGAUAGAACAACCACCGGUAUCGGUCGAUUCCGAGUCGGACAAUGAGCUUGUAGGACGGGACGAACGUGACCAGCUGCUGACGGAUGCGAGCAUUGAACAGAUGCCACUCAACAUCAUGUACUGCCGGAAGACAUACUACACCCUGUCGAGCAAGAUCGAGCUGGGCGAGAUGGCAAACAUGUUUUUUGGAAGCACUCAACGGUUUCUGUUCUACUUCUGUCUGGCGGUGUAUCUGUACGGUGAUCUCAGCAUUUAUUCGGCGGCCGUUGCCAAAAGUCUGCGAGACGUCGCCUGUGCGCAUAAUCAUCGUGCCAACGCAACCGAUGACGAUGAUAGUACGGAUCGCUGCUGGCAGGAUGGUAUACUUACCCGGCUGGAUGUGUAUCGGUUGUGCUUGGUCGGGUUCGUAACCGUACUAGGGCCGUUCACGUUCUUCAACGUACAGAAAACGAAAUAUCUUCAGCUCCUCACCGUACUGUUCCGAUGGCUUGCCUUCUCCGUGAUGAUAAGCAUCGCCAUCCAUCGACUGCUUGCACCGGUUGACUCCAGUACGCUACCGAUUACACCGAAACGGGCGGACAUCGCCGGCAUUCCGUACCUGAUCGGUACCUGCAUUUACUCCUUCAUGUGUCAUCAUUCGCUACCGAGCUUGUUGACACCGAUCGCUAACAAGGGCCGAUUGAAGGCGUUAAUUUCACUCGAUUACGUGCUAAUCGGUGGAUUCUAUCUCGCCCUAGCCCUUACUGGCAUUUUCGCGUUUGCCGAGAUUAAAGAUCUGUACACGCUUAACUUUGUGCCCAGUGCAGAUCAGACGAACGGACUGCUGAAAGCGAUCGAGUACUUCCUAGCACUGUUUCCGGUAUUUACACUAUCGGCGAGCUUCCCGAUCGUGGCCAUUACGCUGCGCAAUAACCUGCAAACGCUCUUCCUCGAUCCGGCCCAGCUGGAAACGUACAAUUUCUUCCUGCGCCGUGUGUUCUUCCCACUGCUCGCUAUUCUUCCACCGCUGAUCGUAUGCUACUUUACGGAAAGCGUUAGUAAUCUGGUUGGCUUUACGGGAUGUUACGCCGGGACUGGGAUUCAGUACCUAAUACCGAUAGCGCUCGUUCUUUCCGCCAGACGCACCUGUGACAAUAUGAUUGGGCGCGGUAUCGAGAAUGAAUUCCGCAGCCCAUUCAAGGGUACGUUGUGGCCGAUGCUGGUGCUUGGUUGGACCAUUGCUUGCCUGGUACUGGUAACGAUCGAUCUGGUCAUUUGAAAUGGGGGUCGCAUUCCGUUUAAAUCAAAUCAAACGAGACUGAGUGGUGCGCUGUGAGAGUGACGGUAACUGGACACAGUUGUUGAGUACAACAAUAAGCAAUUGGUACAAUGACGCACAACCAAUAGAGUUUAGCGUUUAUGAAAGUUGGGGGGAAAAAAUAACUGCAACAAAGAUGAUUUUACUAUAUUUACACUAUGCGAAAUGUGAAUCCUAAAACGUUUCGAAAAUGAGCAGCAAAUCGAAUGCACGGCGCAGGAUCAUAUCGUUGCUCUAUUAAACAGACAGGGAGCACCAUUCCGCCCUGUACCGUCGGUAUUGUAUUUUAAAAAUGAUUUACUACUGCCACAUAUAAAACAUCCCAUCGUCUCGAGGUCGACUUUCCUACCGAUUGCAAGGCAUUAAAAGGAAAUUGUAUGUAAGAGCAGCGAAAAGAAACGCUUUGACUAGAACGAUCGAAAGCUGUUAAUCGUAUGUUAAUCAUCGUGUAGGAAGCGAAAAUGUUAAAAUGUCCUAUUUAGUUGUAGUUAAAGGUGCAAAAUAAAGUAUGUAUACAAAUGUA